AUGGAUUUAGAAGCUAAGCUUAACGAGGCUGAGAAAGAGUUUCAGUCCAUGCAAAAUGCCGUUGGUUUUGGUAUAGUAGGUGCUGCACCUGGAAGUGGUCUUUCAGACAGGAGUGAUCGACGUGAUGUAGAUGCUAUUCCGAGACCUCCAGCCAAGUUUACACUUACAGGUCAUCGUUCUCCGGUAACUCGUGUACUCUUUCAUCCACACUACAAUGUUUUUGUCUCGGCAAGUGAAGAUGCCUCGAUCAAAGUUUGGGAUUAUGAAACCGGAGAGUUUGAGCAUACCUUGAAAGGCCAUACAGAUUCCGUGCAAGACGUAGCCUUUGAUCCGUCAGGAAAGUUUUUGGCUUCAUGCUCUGCCGACAUGCAAGUUAAAUUAUGGGAUUUCACAAUCUAUCAGUGCAUUAAAACUCUGACUGGUCAUGAUCAUAAUGUAUCCAGUGUAGCGUUUCUACCUUCUGGCGACUUCUUAGUCAGUGCAAGUAGAGAUAAAACGAUUAAACUGUGGGAAGUAUCUACAGGAUAUUGUACGAAGACUUUCGUCGGUCAUACCGAGUGGAUUAGAUCAGUCCGUCCAAGUCCAGAGGGGAAUCUAUUAGCCAGCUGUUCCAAUGAUCAUACUAUUCGAAUCUGGUCUGUAGAAUCGCGCGAAUGUCAAGUUGUACUACGUGGCCAUGAACACGUAGUUGAAUGCAUUGCUUGGGCUUCUCAUCCACAAAGUAUAUUAGCAAUAACUAGUUCUGCGUUUGAGGGUGGCGAUUCUACUAAUUUUACUAAUGAUGGAUUUGUCAACGCCACAACCAAUGGAAUUCCUACAGAUUUAAAUUCUUUACCUUCUAAUAUGAAUUCAUCUUUGUUACUUGUAUCUGGCUCACGCGAUAGGACUAUUCGUUUUUGGGAUGUAAAUAUUGGUAUUUGCUUGUUUGUUCUUGUAAGUCAUGGUCGAAAUAUUUUGGUCUUGAGUAUACUAAAAUAUCACACUCCGAAUGAAUCAUCAAAAUGGCCAACUCACAUUAAUAGCAUAUAA